AUGAAAGAACUAUUAUGUGAAUAUAGUAGCAAUGAAAUUCCUAUUAUGAUUAUUGCCAAUAAAUGUGACAGAAAUGAGCAUAAAAAUAGAGACGACCUUUUAAAAGAAGUUAAAUAUUAUUUUGGAGAGGAAUUAAAUAUCUUAGGAAAAGAGUUUUUAUUUGAUAAAACCUCAGUUAGGGAAAAGACUAGUGCUAGUCUCAAUAAAAUCUUAGAAGAAAUCAAAGGUCUGAAAGAAUUGACCUCUCCAAGUAACCAAUUCAAAUCUAUGACGCAAUAUGCAAUGCGGUUAUAUUCAUUUGAGAUCCCGAGUUAUAAUAGUCGAGAACAAAUAGAAGGAUUGACAAGUGAAGAAAUAACCCCAUUUUUAUGUCUU